CGGUUUUGUGUUGUAGAGGUAAAUCUCAUCCCUGUCUCCAGCUCUGUAUUUUAAAUGCAUCGCUUUUCCACAAAUUCAAGCUGAAAUCUCUCCGCAUCAACAAACUCCAAGACAGCCUGCGGACCAAAUUAAUUUCUGUAACCAUCAUGGGCAGUUAAGACAAAUAGGCUAGUUAUCUGCUGUGUGGAGGACAGACCGUUAGUAACACCACGAGGCGUCCCUCCUCUCUUCCCGCUAAGGCAGUCCAGCAAGUUUCCAGCACCAUGGCUGAAGAAGAAUAUGGCAGCUUUGUGGACUGGAACCAGAUGGGGGAUCUGGCCAAGAGCAGCGGGCCCACCAAAGUAGACUGUAAAGACCUGAACGAGUUCAAACAGAUGGCUCGGCAGGGUUACUGGGCCAAAAACCACAAACUACGGGCACAAGUCUACCAGCAGCUCAUCAAAGCCAUUCCCUGUCGUACAGUUACCCCAGAUGCAGAAGUGUAUCGUGACAUUAUGGGAAAUGCAGCCACUAAGAAGCCCUCCUCCCACAUCCCACUUCCAGAUUUUGUCGAUGGAAGCCCUGUGCCACGGUACUGCCUGAAGCCAGAGGCUGUAGCUUCAGCCCAUCAGAUUAUCAACUGCGUGGCUGGGCAGUUUCCAGAUAUCUCCCACUGCCCAUCACUACCGGCCGUUACUUCAUUGCUUCUGCACUUCAGCAUAGAUGAAGCUCAGUGUUUUGAGCAUGUCAGCCGCAUACUGGCCUGCAACGAGCCAGGCAAACGACUGCUGGACCAGACCUUCCUGGCCUAUGAGUCUAGCUGCAUGACUUUUGGUGACCUGGCCAACAAAUACUGCGCAGCAGCUCACAAGCUGAUCGUGGCCACAGCCCAGGAUGUGGUUGAAGUCUACUCAGACUGGCAGCGCUGGGUGUUGGGUGACCUGCCUUUCAGCCACAUGGUCCGGAUCCUGGAUGUCUACCUAGUGGAGGGCUACAAGAUUCUCUUCCGCGUGGCUAUAGCCUUGCUCAAGUUCUACCGCAAGCACAAAGCCGGGGUCCAGGGAGGCCAGGGUAGCCAGCAGCAACAGGAUUCAAGCAAAGUUAAGGCCGACAUUCAGGCUUUUGUCAAGGGCAUCGCUUCCACCGUUACACCCGACAAGUUGCUAGAGAAGGCCUUCUCCAUCCGACUGUUUAGCCGCAAGGAGAUCACCCUGCUGCAGCUCACAAACGAAAAGUCCCUGCAGCAGAAAGGAAUCACUGUUAAACAGAAGCGUUCUAGGCGGAACGUGCAGCUGGCUCUUAACCCUGACACCUUCUCCUCAGAGAUUGUCAGUGCCAAGGAGAUGCGGGACAUCUGGUCGUGGAUCCCUGAGCGCUUUGCCCUGUGCCAACCACAACUCCUCUUCACCACCACUACCCAUGGUUGCAGCCUAAACAGAUUCUACUCGCAUUGUGAAGGCUAUGAACCCACUCUGCUCCUCAUCCGGACCACAGAUGGCGAUGUAUGUGGAGCCUUCCUGUCCACAGAUUGGGAAGAGCGGAAGCGAGGAGGCAAUAAAUUGAGUUUCUUUGGCACAGGGGAGUGCUUCGUCUUCAGGCUGAAACCAGAGAUGGAGCGCUACGAGUGGGUGGUGAUCCGUCACCCUGAGUUAGCCUCCUCCAUCAAGACUCAGGACCAGGAGGACGCAGCCCCCUGUCAGGGCCAAAACUCAGACAACAAUAGCUUACAGCAGCCAGAGAAACCUGCUGGAGACCUGUCGCCCUUCCUCUCCGCCCGCCACUUCAACCUCAACUCCAAGAACACUUCCAUGUUCAUGGCAGGCAACGUUGACUCCAUCAUAGUGGGGGGAGGUGAAGGCAACGCUCUCUACAUUGACUCUGAGCUGAACCAUGGGCGCACUUGCAGGUGUACCACCUUUGACAACCCGCCCCUGUGUGCUGAGAGCUUCCAGGUGUCCCUGCUAGAAGUGUGGGGCUUCCAGGACGCCAUGGCCUCAUAAUGCUGUACACAUUCACACUUGUAGACGCAUACAGAUGUGGACUCUUACCUACGUGCACGUUCAUGCACACGUAUUUUAACACUUAAACACACAAAAGCAGAAAAUGUUGAUAUCGAAAGUCCAGCAAAGUGGUGGAAAACACAGAUAUGCAAACAGAACCACAUCCGUCCUGCAAAUUCAUAUAUAACAUUUUAUUUAUUAAUGCAGUUAAUCCAAACUUCAACAUGUGGAAGUUAUGUGAUAUUUUUGUGUUCCUGUUUAUUUUUGUAUUUACAGAUUUGUAUUAUGUGUACUUCUUAUGUUAAAGUGUGUUGUAAAACUCUAGAUAAAGCCAGUUUGAGGUUCAUUUAGAGGGUUUUCUUAUGUCUGUUGAUGUUUUCAUGCUGAGCUGCAAUGUUUGAAUUCCUGAAUGUAAAUUCAGUCGUUAAUGUUCUGUGGUUUGGCUCAAUCUGCCAAAUUUAUUGUAUAGGGAGCCCUGCAGUCCUUAAAAAAAAUGUUAUUUACCAGGGCGGGUUGAUCAACUGACGUUUACCAUCAAAAAUGUGUGAAGUCGGGAUCGAGUGAUUUUGUGAGACGUGUUUUAAAAUGUUGGAAUUCAACAAUUAAGACUUUGUGAAGUUGUACCAGGUCCGAUAGUUUUUUGGUCAAGUCCUGUCACAUUUUCCCACUCGUUUUGAUUUGCUGUACAUAUGUGGGACAUGUCCUAAAUGAACUGAUGUGGUAAAUUUUUGUGAAUGUCAGUGGUGAAUUUGACUGUUUUUUGCCAUUUUGCACCAUAUGUCAAAGCUUUCUUUUGAAUGAGUGGCAGUUUCUCCUUUGUGCAGCGUAUGAAUAUUCAUGUGAAUAACAGACAAACUUUUUUUAAAGAAAAAACUCAAGAGGUGUUUACAAGUAACAGAUAUAAAUGCAGCUUGUUCAUCUUUCUCUUCUUUUCCUGUUAACUUCCGUCCUUUCUAGUGUGAAGACAGUAACAAAAGAAGUCCAGAACCGUGCCCUGUUCGCUAAGUGUUGUUGGGGUCAUACAUGCUAUUCAUAUUUGUUUGAUCAAACAUGUGCUCCAGUGAAAUACCAAUGCAGUAACUACAAAUGUAUCAUUCAUGUGAAAAUACAACAA